AUGCUGCUGCUUCCCCUCGCCCAGUCCCGUGCGCCUCAUGCCUCCGCGCAAGCGCGCCGCGCCCCGAGCUCCAUCCUGCCCGCUUCGCCCACGCCUCCUCCUUUCGUCACUGUCCGCGACCUCCUCUGCUCGCGCAUGACCAUCUCGUUGGCCUCCCCUGCUCAAGCGGGCCAACCACCAGGGACGACGGGGCUCCUAUGGCCGCCGGUGUCAGGAGAAAGAAGGGUGGCGGCGCUCCUGGCGACGAGCAGCAAGCGAAGAAUUUUGGGAUGUUACAAUGCCAAGGAGAUUCGGCUACCGGACAUGCCAUUCAGUGAUACCAACGUGCACACUAAAAUAGAUGACAUCACUGAAAUGAACAUUGCAGAGGAUUUGGAUAACCGACCUUCAAAAAAAGCAAAAAAUUCUAAAACAGGUGUUCUGGAGCCAUCACCAAUGUCACCAACUAUGUCAACAUCUUCUCCAAUUUCUGAAUGUUUUGAAUCGAUUGUGCUGGAAUCAGUUUUACCAUUACAUGAUGUUAUGGAACCAGAUUCAAAUAAAGAGAUCAUAGUUGAAGAGAAAUAUGAUUAUCUACCACAAGACAAUACAUUGACCGAUCAUGAUCUAUGUGCUCAUAUAGCAAUAGAGUCAUCUUUCAGAAAACAAUUGUUGGUUCAGAUCGAUGGAACUUCUGUGUUACAAAAUCAGUUGAUGUGUCUGCUAGAUGAAAAAGAGUGGGUAAAUGAUGAUGUAAGUAGUCAAACAGGAAAAUGUUAUUAAUCAAUGCAUAUAUCUAUUACUAAUGUAUCUGCUCAUAAAUGAUGAUGUGUCUGCUCAUAUAUCUAUUACUAAUGUAUUUAAAAAUAAUCUUAAUUAUAUAGGUGAUCAAUGCAUAUAUAUGUUGUAUGAAGGACCAAAUACAUGUCCAGAAUGACAAUAAAGUAUAUUUGAAGA